GGGGAGCUCUGAGCCCCAGGACUGGGUGCAGCAGCAGCAGCAGGGCUAGUGUGAGUUUUAAGACAGCAACCACCUUAAUUGUCUAUAUUUAAAGUCACAUGGUAAAGUAGAGAGCAGUAGUGAGGGAUGCAUCAGUAGAAUACAGCUGCAGGGCAUGCAGCUCACUGUGCUGGAAUUGAUUGAAAGGGAGUGGGAGUUGGGAAUGGAUUUUGGAAUUGAGGAACAGGAAUCUACUCCAGUCCUGUCUGGGAGUCUCGUUUGGCUAAGUGGGAAACUGGAAUUCUUUUCUGUGUGUCGUGAGCGUCAGACUUCACUUGUCUCUUUGUUUUUUUCGACGCAGCCUGUGGCUCUGAGCGCGCCCGCACCAGUUCGAUUGACAUGGAGGGGUCGCAGGUCAGCGUGUCGGCCCAGGCCCCGCCCCUCUCGGGGGUGGUGUUCCACAACGUGGCUCGGAGCUACAUCCCGGACACGCGGCUGGAGUGUCACUACACACUGACCGCGCAGCACCGCUGGGCAGCCAAGGACUGGAUCGGGAUCUUCCGGGUGGGCUGGUCGUCGGUUCGAGAUUAUCACACCUUCGUCUGGUCACUCGCUCCGGACAGCUAUGAAGAGGGUCAGGCAGCCAACUGCUGUGUGCAGUUCCAAGCCUCCUACCUUCCCAAGGCCAGCGCGGACCCCUUUCAGUUCUGCUAUGUGAGUGCCGGGGGGGAGGUGAGCGCAAGCAGCCCCCCCUUCACCUUCCGCACGCCCGCCCCCCUCGAGGAGCUUGUCACAGUGGAGGGGGAGAGCGGGGACGACAUGCUGCUCGUCAUUCCCAGAGCUGAGAUUGUGCAGGGCCACCUGGAGGCGUGUCUACAGGAGAGGGCGGGGCUCCUGGCAGAGAGGGCGGAGUCGGAGAGAGAGAAGGCUGCGCUGACGGAGCGAAUGAGAGAGCUGGAAAGAGGAGUGGAGAGAGCUGAGGAGGAGAAGAGACGACUACAGCAGCAUUGUGAGGAAGUGAUGUGUGAGAAAGGGGAGGUGACCUCAGAACGGGACGCUCUGAUUUGCCAGCGAGCCGAGAACCAGGAGCGAAUCAUCGAGCUGGAGGAGGACAUGAAAAUCAUCAACAGGAAGGUGCUGGAGAGAGAGACUGAGCUGGACAGGUGAGAGUGUGUCAGUGUG